AUGUCGUCCAACAACCAGAACCAGCCCGGCCUUGUCGCCAGCCAUGCUCAAUACGCCAAGGGCGCUGCUGAGGAGACUAUUGGCAACGUGACCGGCAACCAGGCGUGGAAGGCUUCAGGCGCGCAAGACAAGUCUCAAGCUGUUGACGCCAUGAAGUCGGCUGCACAAAACCGAGACGCGAGCCAGGGCUACGGCGGCGUAGAAGAGAAAGCUGGUAGCUUAGUUGGAUGCGAGGGUAUGCAAAAGGAGGGUGCGGGGAGCAAGAAGGAUUGA